GAAAAAAACCAUUAUUUGAGUAAAGUACUUUCAGAAAAAAAGAAAAGAAAAAAAAAAAGCUGAGGUGUGGGAAUUGGGUCAUCGACGCAGCCAAACGGUGGAUAGAUGGACAUACGCAUAGCUGAGCAUUUCAAUUGAAAGGAAAUCUAAAUUAGAAGAAAGAGAGACUGAGAGAGAGAGAGAGGGAGAGGGGCCAGUCGAAAGCAGAGGAGGUAAGCAAAAAUGGGGGGAGGAAUGGAAGCAAACAAGAACAAGUUCAUAGAGGAGUGGGGCUCAGCAAGAGAAAAUCUCGAGCACAACUUCCGCUGGACUCGCCGCAACUUUGCCCUUGUUGGCAUUUUCGGCAUCGCCAUCCCUAUCUUGGUCUACAAGGGCAUCGUCAGAGAUUUCCACAUGCAAGAUGAGGAUGCAGGCAGACCAUACAGGAAGUUUCUAUGACUUAUCCAAGAAUGUUUGACAAUAACUGUGGGACUAGUGAUAGAACAUUCCCUAUGGGACCACAAAUUUCCCUUUCCUGGUAGAGGGGAAGUAUUUCCUUUUCUUUGUUGAUCUACGGAACGUAAUACUAAAGGAAUUUGCAUUGUUGUUGAAUUGUAUUUGUCUGUUACGAAUACUGCACGGUCAAUGGUAAACUUAUGUCUUUUUAAAUACUUUAUCCAGUUUGGUUUAUCAGAA